UACUCUCUCUCUCUCUCUCAUGGCUUCUUCCACGGGUAGUUUAGAGACUUCAGCUAAUUCACAUCAAGCUUUCUCCUUUUCAACCUACUUCAUGACUCCUCCUUCCUUCUCUGAUCUUCUAUCGGGUGAUGAUGACUCACAGACUCACAAGCGAGAACGAAUUAACAUGAGUCAAGGGUUCUCUGAUCGUAUCGCUGAUCGAAUUGGUGCUGGAGUCCCCAAAUUCAAGUCUUUACCUCCUCCUUCUUUGCCUCUCUCCCCUCCUGCUCCUUCACCUUCUUCUUACUUUGCAAUACCUCCUGGGUUAAGCCCAACUGACCUUUUGGACUCACCUGUCCUCCUUUCUGCUUCCACUAUUCUUCCUUCUCCAACUACUGGAACUCUGCCUGCCCAGGGAUUCAAUUGGAAGAGUAGCUCUUUUAAUUUCCAGCAAAGUGUGAAAAAGGAAGAUGGAAUUAACUCCAAUUUCUCUUUCCAGCCCCAAACAGGAUCAACUAUGUCCUCUGGUUCGAUUUUUCAGACUUCUGCAACAUCAUCUUCUAUGGUGGCAACCUUGAAAGGACAGCAACAAGCAUGGAACCUGCAGGAAGCGAACAAGCAAACAGAUUCAACGGCUGCAAUGAAAUCUGAAUUCGCCCCAAACCAGAGCUUCUCUCCUGAGAUUGCAACAAUUCAAACUAAUAAUACCCAAGUCAGUGGUGGAUUUCAAUCUGAUUACAAUCAGUACCCUCAGAAUACUCUUUCUAUCAGAGAGCAGAGGAGGUCGGAAGAUGGCUAUAAUUGGAGAAAGUAUGGACAGAAACAGGUGAAAGGGAGUGAAAACCCACGUAGUUAUUACAAGUGCACCUACCCAGAUUGCCCAACCAAGAAGAAAGUGGAGAGGUCCUUAGAUGGACAGAUUACUGAGAUAGUCUAUAAGGGUACCCACAACCAUCCCAAGCCUCUGUCCACAAGAAGGAAUUCAGGUUCUUCAGUUCAAGCUUCUGCAGCCCCAACAUCAGAAAUACCUGAUCAAUCAGUCCUUACAUAUAGUGGAACACAAGCAGAGUCUGUUGUAACUCUAGAAAACUCUUCAAUCUCUAUUGGGGAUGAAGAUAUAGACCAGAGUAAAUCAGGUGGAGAUGAAUUUGAUGAAGAUGAACCUGAGGCUAAAAGAUGGAGGAAGGAUGGUGAGCUUGAGGGUAUCUCAGUUCCUGGAAACAGAACAGUGAGAGAACCAAGGGUUGUAGUUCAAACUACAAGUGAUAUUGAUAUUCUUGAUGAUGGGUACAGAUGGAGGAAAUAUGGGCAGAAAGUAGUAAAGGGGAAUCCUAACCCAAGAAGCUACUACAAGUGUACUCAUGUGGGAUGUCCAGUGAGGAAGCAUGUAGAGAGAGCAUCCCAUGAUCUGAGGGCAGUGAUUACAACUUAUGAGGGGAAACACAACCAUGAAGUGCCGGCCGCGCGGGGUAGCGGCAACCACUCAGUCAAUAGGCCCUUACCUGAUAACAACAAUAACAAUUCAACAGUGGCUAUAAGGCCUUUGGCCACAAGCAAUGGCUUUAACCACAACUCAAUGAAUGCCCUUCGGAGCUUGAAGGUUCCGGCGACAUCGGAAGGUCAAGCACCAUUCACACUAGAGAUGUUGCAGUGCCCAGGUAGCUUUGGAUUCUCAGGGUUGGGAAAUCUGAUGUCCUGCAUGAGCCAACCACAGAACACACAAUCUUUGUUCCCUAGAGCCAAAGAAGAACCCAGGGAUGAGAUGUUUUUUGAGUCAUUGCUAUGCUGAAGGCAAAAACAAGAAAAAAAAAAAUGUAAAACAAUAAAGAUACUGAUUUGUUUGAUUAUUUAAUUUUUUUUUUGGUAUAUUCCAUAGUGACUGUUGUUGUAAAAUUCAAAUAGAGGUACAGAUAAUAAUGUCAUUUGUAUGUUCAAAGAUAAAUCAAUGACCCAUAAUUCUUUUCAGUUCUAA